CAAGGACAGCUGGAGACCAAAGCAAUCGCAGCUAAACAGCUCGUCCACGCGUCAAGCCGUAAGGCGUCGCGGAGUAACGUAUUUUUAUCUACUGUCUCGGUUGGAGCCAUCAGCGCUGCAGCCUCGGGCACGAAACCGCAUUGCAUUGCCAAAGCAGCAGAGGCUAGGUGCAGCAUGAGCGCCCACGUCGUCGACGCCGACAACCCGGUCAUAGCCGCACGAGUUCUAUUUAGGCACGGUGCACGCUACCCCAAUAAAGCCGAACUGGCCGCAUUUGGGGAAGGCAACGACAUCCGCACGCAGUGGCACGACGGCGACAAACGACUUUACGACGACGACAACAACCUGAGCGACGUCGGCAGGAAGCAGAUGGAGACGUUAGGACGGUUUUUUGGAGAAGAGUACGCUCAAUUAUUAGGAAACGAAUCCGUGAGGUGGGAGUCGUCGCCCGCCGAGCGCUGCGAGGAGAGCGGCAAGCUAUUUCUGAAGGGCUUUGAAGCGGCAUCGUCCUGUCAAGUCCCAUCAAAACCAAUAGAAGAUAAUCAACGGAUGGUCACGUUCAAGGCCUGGGCCCAGACCGGCACGCCGUACUUUGCCAGUGUCCAAGGGCUGAAAAGUGGCGACCACGAGGCCCACGCGAUGCGAGCGCGGAGCCGGCGACGGUCGCUGGAAAACAUGUACGCGGAAUUGAACGAAGACCAUACGGAAGUCCCCGAUUCCUUGCUACUUUAUUGGAGUUGUUAUUUACACUGCCUGGCCGAGGCCGAGGCUUAUGAUUGUGAAGCUUUGCCGGAGCCAUCUAUAUGCCCGGCGACGAAGGGGCGCAACAACCUCCGCUUCAACCUCGACUGGGCGCAGCUCUGGGAGUGCGAGCGGGACGCGCGCGCGACGUGGGCCGCGCGGUUUUUAGAUGUUGGACAACAUAGGGGCUUCGUUGGCGGUCACCUAAAGCGCAAGCUCUUCGACAGCGGUGGUGGGCCUCUGAAAGUCUUCUCGGGCCACGACUACUCCAUCCUCUCGGUACUCGCUGCGUUCGGCCUGAGCGAGUACGCGGAGCCGGCUCUGGGCUUCGGCGCGUACGUCGUCGUCGAGCUCCGUCGAAACGGGUCUCUGGACGUGAAGCUGAACCCCGCGCCGUUUCGGGACGCUUCCAACAGAGUUUGUACUUCUGUUGAUACGUCGCGCGUGCGGCCCGUUGUUGUGGAAGACGUGGACCUCGCGGAGCCGCCGAGUGAUGACGCCGCGCUGAGGGCGUUGGGGGCGAGUGCGUAAUUAAUUGUGAUCCGU